UUCACCUCGCUUGGGUUUGUUGCGCAUGUGGGCUGAGCUGUUUCCCAGCACCUCGCUGUAUGUCCCUGUUUGCUUGUGGGUUCCUGAAAAGGACAUAAAAUGCAUAUUAUCCAUUUAUCUAUUAUCCAUUCCUGGAAAUGCCAGGAAUCUAAGCUCUCGAAGUUUUUGCCAAGCAAACUAUUGUCCGUUUUUAAAAACCGGCAGCAACACAACUUGUAGAGUGUACUUUGAUUAGAUGAAGGGAAAACAAAUCUUUUGCAAACCGCCCUAGUUGUUACUAGCAUAAAUUUUAGGAUAAGUUUUACCAGCACUGUUAACAGACAAGAUUAUCCAGGCGACCACAGAAAAUCUGUUGCGAUAUAUAUGCCAUAAGAGAUGGCUACAAACAGGAGGAGACGAUCGACCCCUUUUUGCUAGUUUAUCAUGACAUCUGAAACCUUUUACAUACUAAUUCAGUCUAUUUUAUUUCAGUCGACAGUGGCCAGGUAGUUUCUACUCUUUGUGUGGGUCACCCAGUAUGACUCAUAGCGUCUUAUUCUUAAGGUGAAACAAAAACAGGCAGAUAAUAUCGCACAGAACUCCUAAGCCGUGUAUUACAUAUUCAUGUGGCGGUUCCAGAGGUCUAUAAAAACUCAGCUAAACCAAUGUUACCAAUUUCCUCUGUGCUUAGUCCUGAUUCUUGCCAAACCGUGAUUAACAGAGAAAGAUCAACUCUGUAAAAGAUAUGUAAGCGGAUUUGCGUUUCUUUUUUCCUCGCGUACCUGUUUGGCCGGUUGUUUUCUUAGCCUCACAGUUAUAUGACAGGCUUUUCAGCGUUUACUACAGCUGUUGUAAAACGUUAGUCCCCUACCAGACCAAAACAAUCUUAUCAACAGGUAGAAGGUGUGGCUUCUUAUUAAGUUUCGUAAGAAAUUAAACUAACCUCCAAGUCUGAGGAGGUGUGCAGGGACACACGACAAGAGUUUUAAAUUCUAACUUUUGUUGCAAACACCUUCAUCUGUAAGUUUAGGAUACUUGAUCCUAAAUAUAUAUUUCCUUCCUUAAAAUCUUUAACCCCUCAACAACCUAGGUGUAAGAAUGAUGUUCACUUUAGACAGGCGUGGGGUGAGGGUAGGAGUAAGCUAUGACGUAAUACUUUAAACAAUAGCAGCCUGUCAUUGAUAAUAUUUUUCCAUACAAAAAUCAAAACAGAAAAAGUUGUUUUACAGGUUUUCUUUUUCCCUUUAUAAUGUUCAGUCUUUGUAUGUAGGAUUUGGUGCCUUCUGGCUGCAAGUGCAGUAAUAAUGGAAUGCUGAGCUAUUCCCCUCCACACCUGCCACAGGUUACAACAGAUCCAGGACUUUCCUGCAUGUCUCACAUCUGCUAUAACUUGUUCCAUGCUUUGGGAACUGCACCAGCUUCCCUUCAAAAGAAUGAAACGCCAUUAAUGUUCUCCUUUUUUACUAUAACGCCCUGCAUGGUUUUACCAUUACAUGUGGUAUAAAACUACUCAGUUCCGUCUUUCCUGCUUGGCUCCAGUAGGGCGUCUGCUUAAGGCCCCCUCAUACCGUAAGUGGCAGCUUGCUCUGUUGUGGUGUCCCAGUCGGAGGCCUGCCAAAAACUGUUCCGUCUAUCCAUCCAUCCAGCUGUCCAUCCAUUCUUCAGCUGCUUACUCUGGUCAGGGAUAUAGUGGGACGUGGAGCCAAUCCCAGGUUGCAUAGGGUGCAAGACUGGGAUACAGCCUGGAUCACAAGGCAGAAAAUAACAAAGUGAAAAGGGGGAAAGCAAAACAUGUCCACCUCGACGGACGAUGAGGCAAAGGACCUGCGCCCUCUGGAGUUCAUCCAGCUGCAGCAGUACAUGGAAUACAGCAGCAUGAAAGUAGAAGAUGUGAUGCAGGAGUUCGACUCGGACGGAAAGUUGUUCCAGUGUCGGCAGGGAGAACAAAUAACUGAGGAGGGCUUUGUUCAGUUCCUAAAGACCUACCUGGAAGUGAAAGACAUCCCUAUGGACCUUUGUCAGCGUCUCUUCUACUCCUUCCAGAAAUGUGCCCACAAUGGACAGAGCACUGCUGCUCAAACCCCGAAAAGCACUGUCUUUCUUAAAGAUGUGUCAUGUUACUUCUCUCUGCUGGAAGAUGGACAACCUGCAGACAAACUGGAAUAUACUUUCAAACUUUAUGACAAAGAUGGUAAUGGGGUGCUGGACAGCACAGAGGUGGAUCGGAUCAUCACACAGAUGAUGAAAGCUGCGGAGUACCUGGGCUGGGAUGUGACUGAGCUCAGACCGGUGCUGGAGGACAUGUUGGCGGCGUUCGAUGUGGACAGCAGCGGCACUGUAUCCCUCGAGGAGUGGGUGCAGGGUGGGAUGAACAACACACCCCUGUUGGUGCUUCUUGGACUUAAGGUGACCCAGAGAGACGGGCAACAUUUAUGGAGGAUGAAGAAUUUUAAGAGGCCCGUUUACUGCAACGUCUGCCAGAGCAUGCUGCUGGGAUUGUACCGCCAGGGGCUAUGCUGCAUCUAUUGCAAGUACAUUGUACACAGCCGCUGUGCCAACCAAAACCCUGCCCCCUGCCUCAACACCUACGUCAAAUCCAAGCAAGACGUCGGGGUACCAGUGCAUUCCUGGGCCAGUGGGAACGACACGUCUGGUCGGUGUGAGAGGUGCCAGAACAAGAUAAAGAGCCUGAGCGGAAAGCACUGUGUCCGGUGCCAUAUCAUGCGUCACGAUGACUGUGCAUCAAAAGAGCCCUCUGAGUGCAGUUGUGGGCCAUUGAGGGAUCAUGUCCUGCCUCACUGGGCCAUAUACUCUGUGAUCAAGGAAAAUUCAAAGAUUACUGAUAUGCAGAACAGCAUGGCUGAUGGCCAGGUGCUGCAGAUCAUGCCUGUUCCAGACACACACCCUCUACUGGUGUUUGUGAACCCCAAAAGUGGAGGUAAACAGGGUAAGAGGGUUCUGCGUAAAUUCCAGCACCUGCUGAACCCACGACAGGUGUUCAACCUCUGCAAUGGAGGACCGGGACCAGGGCUUAAUUUUUUCAAGGACUUAAAGGACUACAGGAUCCUGGUGUGUGGGGGGGAUGGCACUGUUGGCUGGGUUCUAGAUGCUAUAGACAAGGCUAACCUCCCAGUAUGCCCUCCUGUGGUCGUGCUGCCCCUGGGCACUGGGAAUGACUUGGCACGCUGCCUUCGUUGGGGUGGAGGCUACGAUGGGAUGGAUCUGUCGCUGAUUUUGAAGGAGAUUGAGGUGAGCUCCUGCAUUCUCAUGGAUCGCUGGAGCAUACAAGUAAUUCCGGAGGACAGCAAAGAAGAGGGGGACCAGGUGCCUUACGAGAUUAUCAACAACUACUUCUCCAUUGGAGUGGAUGCGUCUAUCGCUCAUCGUUUCCAUGUGAUGAGAGAGAAACACCCACAGAAGUUUAACAGCAGGAUAAAGAACAAGCUACGGUAUUUUGAGUUUGCCACCUCUGAGACCAUCUCCGCUUCCUGCAAGAAGCUGAAGGAGUGUCUUACAGUCGAGUGCUGUGGUACCCCGCUUGACCUGAGCAGCCGGUCCUUGGAAGGGAUAGCUGUUGUCAACAUUCCCAGCAUACAUGGGGGCUCCAACUUGUGGGGGGAGCCCAAGAAGUCAGACAAAGACUUAGCAGACCAGAAACCACAAGAAGUUGUCCUUGACCACAACGACCUGAAAUUCAGCUCCCAAGAUCUCAGUGACAAGAGGCUAGAGGUGGUUGGGCUAGAGGGUGUGAUAGAAAUGGGCCAGAUCUACACUGGGCUGAAGAGUGCUGGGCACAGACUGGCCAAAACAUCACAGAUCACAAUAAGGACAAAGAAGCGGUUGCCCAUGCAGAUUGAUGGUGAGCCCUGGUUACAGCCCCCCUGCACAAUCCACAUCUCGCACAAGAACCAGGCAAACAUGCUGAUGGGACCUUCAUCUCGGUCUGCCUUCUUCACCCAUAAGUAGGACAUCCCAACUCGGCCAAAGCUGCUCCUUGUUUUUCUUUCUUAAACACAAUGACUAUGUUGCAUUGUAUGAUGCCUUUAUGUCUCAGAUACUUCUACAUGUUUUCAUUAUUGCUAAAAUCUCAAGGAUUCUAACAGGUUUGGUAUGUGCAUUUGUCGUAAUUAAUUUCCAUCAAACUCAUUCUUAAAUGUUAUACAUCAUGUUUUGAUGUCAUAUGUGAUGUAUUGCAUUAUAAAUAAACCAAUGGUCUGUGAGCUGCGUUAUGAAUAGAUGGUGUCCACACCUCUUUCCAAAGUUUAUCGAAACAAUCAUUUAUUCAUAUCUGCUUGAUGUAGAAACAUGUUUUCCAAAUUACAGCUAACUGUGAUGGACUAGUAAACUCGCAAAGCCAGCUGGUUGACAAUUGCCAGAGGACAGACCUUGUCUAUGUUAAAGUGUUGUAUAUAAUGAACUACAUUGUUCUGGUGCAAUUUAUACUUUUUGUAGGGAGUCCAUUUAAAUUACCAGUCCUUAAUCCUCCCUGUCACAGAUAGUAAAAAUGAACACGCCACGAGAGUGAGCAGCGAGAAGCAGGCACUUGGGGAGGUGUGUGUAUACUGAUUCUCUGUCGCAAAAGGUGAAUCAUCGAAAAAAUGCUUUGCUGAAAUUUGAUCAUCGUUUUGCAUUACUUAGAGUGCUUAACAAUUUUAUGAACUUAUAAGUAUUUAAAGAGCGCUGAAGUGGCAAAGCACAAUGACAUUUUGCAUGACAACUCUUCAGUGCCUUCGAGUAGAGUCGUAAGUGUAAAAAUGAAACUGCUUUCUAAACAAUUACAUUGUUCUAUGACAGUAUUAUGCAAAACAUUUCGUAAGCGAUUGUAUUGGUGUGGUAUUCAGAUGUCAUUCAAGUAAGUAUGAAUUAGUUGUUUACUGAAAGAUGGGUAUAAACAGAGUCUAUUUAUGGGUAUAAAUAGCCGUGUUUAUGUGGAAUGAAAGAUGUUAUAGGAUAUAAAUUGGCUCAUACCACAAAUAUGCCUCAUGCUUCCUUUGUUUAGGCAUCCACAAAAUUUGAUUAAUUUCACCAUUUUUUUUUCUUUUUGCUGCGGAUAUCCAAGUUUAAGUUCCCAAGAAAAAUCAGUAAAGCAUCCUUUUCUGAUGCAUAUUUUGGAAAACAUGCCCCUGGUUGUUUGUAUGUUUUGCCAUGCAUAUUACCAUUCAGGAAGCAGUAUUGCUGGCAAUAUAUGUUUCGAUGUUGCACAUGCAACAUUGAAAUUCAUCAGGAUUUGGAUCAUGAGAGUGAUGGACAAAAUGAGGCUUCAUGAACCAUUUGCUGUAUCUUUUUUACCCCACUAGAUGGUGCUCUCUACUCCAAAAAAAAGGGCUCAAAGCAUGCCCCAAAGAGAACCAUCUAGUGGGGUCAAAAUACAGAAAAUGGUUCAUGAAGCUUCAUUUGGCCAUCACUAGGUUGCGCUUUAUGAUGGCCAGCUUUAUGAUGACCCACUGUCCAUAUCUAUCCCUGUAAUAGCCUACAGUAUACAUACAGUAAUAUAGGCCUAUAUGUGAUGGACAAUAAGCUACAAUAAGCAGUCUGUCUGUCUUUCUCAGCUCCCAUUCUUUGCUACUGCGUGCAUCUUUCGUACCUGCCUUAUUUUUCAUGAAAUCAAAGUGAAAUCUUUUUAUGGUGUAAAUUUAUAUUUACAUUAUAAUUUGCUGUAGAGUACUGUGUGUAUCUUAUAGUAUUGUGUUUUAUGUCUUGCCUCUCCCCUAUAAAUAUCGAAAUACGCUCAAAUUGACUUGCGUCCAUUGGUCCCUGUCCCAGUUGCAGACGCAGUGCUAUGGACAAAGGGACGUAUAAAUCUGUUAUGUUACCACUGUUAUUACUACCUAGUUAAAUUAAUCUUUAGACUUUUAUGGCCGUCAUUAUUUAUGCCUGCAUGCACAGGCAGUGUUAUGCUGCGUGGGUCACUAAACGCCAUGUGGUUUCAUUGAUUGCGUGCUACGUACAUAUAGGCCUAUGGGCUGUGCUGCCAUAAUCAAAGCUACCGGUUUAUUAGUCAAAAAGACACCUAAGAGGUCAUUGAGGAAAUGACUUUAAAGCAUUUGGGCUGCCUGUCUAUUUCUCGUGUUAGGAACUUAUAGCAAUGAAACUGCGACAGGAUCCCUUUGCAAUUUAUGCGUAGUGGUUGACAUGACAGAUGUUUCCGAGUUCUGUUUUCUCCCUUCCGUUUUUGCUGUUCACUCUAUGCAAAUGAGUGCAAUGCAAGCUGAAAAUGUAAUGUUAUGCUUCAGUGUCUUCAGCUAAUAAACCGCAAGGAGUUUUCCCCCCCAAAA